UAAGUGUAUAUAAGGAUGCUGCAGGCGGAUGUGAGUGGCAGAGAAUCUCAGGACAGAGGUGAGUUUGGGCAUCAUGGCUUCCACACUCGUGCUCCUGCUUCAGCUGCUCCUGGUCUCACUGGCGUCUGCAUCACAUCACUUUGGGGGAACUGCGACCACACCUACAAAGGAAGAAACCCUGAUGGAACAUUUAGGGUGGACUUUCGUAACAGGGCAACCUUCGAUGGGUGUCAGCACUCCCACUACUGGUCUUGUUACAAUGGCAACUGUGGCUAUGAUGCCAGAAAUCAGAGAGGCAUACUUGACAGAAGCACCAAUGCACCACAAUAUAACAGCCAAUGGUGUGAAACUGAAACAGUCAGUACAAGAAAUGUCCCCAGUGACAGACCUUUUGAAAUGAAUGCAGCUAGCUGUUGCUGGAUCUCAACGCGUAACUCGGUUGUUUAUUGGAGACUGCUGACUUAUGUGGAUUUGGGAACACGAUCUGACACUGGAAAACCAAACCAAUCACCAGACAUUGCCAUUCUACCUUUCCUACGAGUUCCUCAGAACUGCCCACGGACAUACAAGCUGAUGUCCUUUGAUCCUGAUGGUGACAAAGUUCGAUGCAGAUAUGGAAAUAUCAUAGGUACAGAGUGCAGCUCGUGCAGCCAACCUUUAGGCUUCCACUUGGAUCAGGGCUCUUGCACAUUACACUACCAAAACUCCUAUGCCGACCCCAGCGUUUAUGGAUUUGAGAUGGUGGUGGAGGACUUCCCGCGAGGGCACAUCUCUCUGGCUUACACUGACGGAUCCCAGUCCUCCAGGGCUCCACUGACUGAGAGGAGAAGGAGACAAGCGACAACCACAACCACAACCACAGCACCGUGGUGGUGGUGGUACAGUACAACUACAGCACCAACCACAACCACAGCACCAACCACAACCUCAGCACCAUGGUGGUGGUGGUACAGUACAACUACAGCACCAACCACAACCACAGCACAAACCACAACCUCAGCACCAUGGUCGUGGUGGUACGGUACAACUACAGCACCAACCACAACCACAGCACAAACCACAACCUCAGCACCAUGGUGGUGGUGGUACGGUACAACUACAGCACCAACCACAACCACAGCACCAACCACAACCUCAGCACUAGGGUGGUGGUGGUACGGUACAACUACAGCACCAACCACAACUACAGCACCAACCACAACCACAGCACCAACCACAACCCCAUGGUGGUGGUGGUACAGUACAACUACAGCACAAACCACAACCACAGCACCAACCACAACCCCAUGGUGGUGGCAUAGUACAACUACUCAAGAAACUACAACUACCCCACCGUACGCUAGCACCCCGAGACACCUGCAUGCCACCACUCCUCCUCUCAGUAAACUACCUUUGCAUUUCUCUUUACUUGUGGACCCACCUGUUCCCUCAUGUCAGGAGGGACACUACUUGCCUAAGUUUGUGCACCCAACACCUGAAAAUGGAGCACGCAUCCAAGCAGAGGUCAACAAAGAAGUGGAGAUCAGAGUCAAAGCACAAGCUACAUACUCAACAAUACAGGAUAUCAUCAUCAGUGGGCCACUGAAUAUCAGCAAGCACAGGACCACACAUGACGAGUUUGUCAUUAGGUGGACGCCUACUCCAGAUGACCUGGGAGAUCAUUACCCCAUCUGCUUUGCUGUCGAGUCAGUGACAGGGUCCGCUGUACCCACUGUUCAAAUCACACAGCCUUACCAUUACCACCCCAACCCAUCUUCACAGUCUGGCAUCUAUCAGUCCGAGAUGAGGUGUGUUCUGCUGGACAUCGGGAAGGAGAAAGUUAAAUCCAAUGUGAUCUGCACUCAGUCUUCAAUGACAGUAGAGGUUGAUAAAACUUCAUUCUAUGGACUCAAUGAGGAUCAUUUGCGGCUCAAUGACCCCACCAACACCGCCUGCAGCCUCCAGACACACUCCAACAGCACCCACAUCAUCGCUGUCAUCCCCCUAAACGCUUGUGGCACUCAGAUCGAGGAGGAUGAUGACAACCUGAUUUUCAAGAAUGAAAUCACCACGGUCGACAACACCGAAGACCUGAUCACCAGGAAACAUCUGCUGGAAGUGCAGUUCUACUGUCAGUACCCCAAACGGGGAAACGUGACACUGGGCUUCACAGCACACAGGAAGAACGUCACAGUGUGGGAAAGAGGCUUCGGCACGUUCACGUACCAGUUUGAGUUCUAUCCUAACGACGAAUUCCAAACCAUGAUUGAUCCAAAUUCAUACCCUCUGGAGUAUGAUAUAGGGAACAGGAUUUACAUGCAGCUAGAGGCCACCUCUUCAGUCAACAACACCGAGCUGUUUGUGGAGUCCUGCAGAGCUGCACCAUAUGACAAUCCAAACUACAGUCCAACCUACUCCAUCAUUGAAAAUGGGUGUAAAGUGGACUCGACUGUUGAAAUCUAUUCCCCCGCCCACAAGACACAAUUCCAGUUCAGCAUGGAGGCCUUCAAGUUCAUCGGCUUGCAUGACCAGGUGUACAUCAGCUGUUCAGUCCUGAUGUGUGAAGCAGGGGACCCCAACACCAGGUGCUCACAGGGAUGCAUCAACUCCAUGGCCAGCCGGUCACCACCAUCACCACACCGAAAGAGAGAGGCUGUCACCCAGAGUUCAAGGCACCUUGUUUCCCAGGGUCCUCUGCGCAUAAGGAGGUCAGCUGAGAGCACCGGAAGCCCAGUGAUGAACCUGAAUCUGAACCUGGUAUUCAUCGCUGGUUGUCUUCUUGCAGCUGUUGGCAUGAUCAGUGCAGUGGCCAUGUACAAAGCCAAAAUGUCAAGGGUCAAAUACCAACCUUUGCCUGCGUUUGAAAAUUAAGACAGCAGCGUGUGCAGAAUACCAAUUCUGUAUUCAUUACAUUUGAAUAUCUAAAGUUAUUUUGAUUAUUUUUGCUAUCAGAUAUUGCAUGUUCAUGUAUGAAUGUUUCAUUUUAGAAAUGUCUACAGCAAGUUUUAUAUUAAACACUGAAAGGAUGAUCAGCUACUACUACUGCAGCUGCUGUGUGGUGUUUACCGUUGUGGGUCUACUAUUACGUAUCACACUAUGAUUUAAAACAAGUAUCUUGAUUGAUGUGAGUUGUCCUAUUCAAUCAUAAUCAUUCCUAAGUCAAAUACCAUAAUUACACAUCAGAAGCCCUUUAUGGCUAGUCAGUUUUGAUACACUUGCUUAAUGGAUCAAUAAAAACAUAUAUUCUCUUA